UUCUUCUUCUUCUUCUUGGUGACCUUCCUAGCUAUAUUUCUAACACUCUCUAGGGCUUAUCUCAGACAACAACAGAGAGAGAGAGAGAGAGAGAGAGAGAGUAGGAAUAUACAAAAUGAGAACUUGUAAGCCUUUUUCUUCUAAAUAGGUGUUAUGAUCAGGUCUCGCUCUUGGUGCGAGGCCACUGAUGCAGGGAUGUGGAUGUCUCAUAGAUGCGACUGUACCUCCGAGGAACCUUUUGUCAGCAGGAAGCACACCCACCAUCGUCAGAAAGCGGAUGAGUACCGGACAUCGGCGAAGGAGUCGGCUGCCGACGUCGUCACCAUCCAUCCCCACAGAUGCAAGCUGAAGCGGUUCGAUCUUUGCAGCUACUUCACGCCGGCGGAGAAGAACGAGAGCUUGGUGGAGGACGAUAAGCGACUCGUGCCGACCGGCCCCAACCCCUUGCAUAAUAGGUGAACAAAUCG